AUGGCGCCGCGGCCGCUGGGUCCCCUGGUGCUGGCGCUGGGAGGUGCCACGGCCGUGCUCGGCUCGGUCCUCUUCUUCCUCUGGAAAGUCUACUGCGGCCGGGAGCGGCGCUGGGACUCGAGCGAGGCCUGGUGGGGUGCGGAGCCCGCCCGCCUCCUCGACUGGGCCCCCGAGGAAGAGGAGGAGGAGACCGAGGAGGAGCCGUCGCUGGAGCAGCUCGAGCAGCGCGAGGUGCUCGUGUUGGGGCUGGACGGCUCCGGGAAGACCACGUUCCUGCGCGUGCUGUCGGGAAAGCCACCACUGGACGGCCACGUCCCCACCUGGGGCUUCAACUCCGUGCGGCUGCCCACCAGGAACUUCGAAGUAGACCUGCUAGAGAUCGGUGGCAGCCAAAACCUGCGCUUCUACUGGAAGGAGUUUGUGAAUGAGGUGGAUGUGCUGGUGUUCAUGGUGGACUCGGCUGACCGGCUGCGUCUACACUGGGCCCGGCAGGAGCUGCAUAGGCUGCUGGACAAGGACCCUGACCUGCCUGUCAUCGUGGUGGCCAACAAGCAGGACCUGAGCGGGGCCAUGAGUGUGUUGGAAUUGCAGCGGGAGCUGGGCCUGCAGGCUAUCAACAACCACCGGGAGGUGUUCCUCUUGGCAGCCAGCAUUUCCCCGGAAGGUUCUAACUCCAAUGAGCCUGGCACCGUGCAGAUCUGGAAGCUGCUCCUGCAGCUUCUCUCCUAG